AUGUCCGCCGACCUCACCUGGCUCCUCGUCCGCGGCUGGAACUCGUUCCAGCGCAAGUCGUCUAACGGCCCCAUCUUCUCGGCUGAGCAGGGCAACCUCCUCAACCUCCACUCGCAGAAGUACUCGGGUCUCGCCAACUCGAAGGUCCUCGCCAUUGACGCCAACGCCGAGGGUGCCAUCACUGUCACCAAGAUCCAGCCCAACGGUGGCCAGGUCGCCUCGGCCCGCAAGGCCUCGACCCUCAAGCGCUCGACCGGCCCCCGCCGCGCCGCCAAGAUCGCCGCUGUUGAGACCGCCGCCAAGGGCUACCGCGCCGACCUCCGUGCCGCCGCCGUCGCCCGCAUCUCGGCCCUCACCCGCGUCAACCGCCGCGCCGCCAACCCCCCCAAGGACAAGCGCAGCAAGAAGGUCGCCGCCGAGGAGAACGCCAUCGAGCUCGACUAA